AUGGCUACAACUGAAGGGCCCACACGGGCGCAUGAUCGCAACGGUCGCCGCCACCCAUUUUCUAGCUGGAUGAAGCGCCUCGCAAGCUUCAAGGGCUCCUCCGACGCCGGAUCGAAUCGGUGGUCCCAUAAACGACAGGCGGCUGCCAAAGCGAAGAAGAAUGGCCAAGGCAACAACAAUCAUAACAAUAACCCUUACCCGCUAUCUGGGACGAUGAACCGACAUGCAAACCCAAGUGGCUCUUAUGAAGAAAGCGAGCGCAAUGGACGAGAGUCUCGCUCACGGAGCGAUCCAUCUCUGGUGUACUCGGCAUACGACAACACCACUCCUGAACCGGGCGCAAAGUCAACCGCACCUACAAUAUCCACGAAUGGAGACACCGCGAUUUCCGAUGCAGCAUACUCCAAGGCAGGAACAAUGGCCACCGUUGGCGGGGGUAUCAGUACCCAUGGAGGAGGUGAAGGUAGCACAUUCUCGUCGCCCGCGACCUCGGUUCGGUCCUUGACCACUACCUUGACAACUGUGCAGUCAGCGGCACCGUCAACACAAUUGUAUCCUACACAGAACGCACAGAAUGGUAUCAGCCAUGGGCACUCGACACAGAGCUCUGGGAACCAACAGGUUCAAUUUUCACACCAAUACCCAACCACUGCGUCUUCCCCCGCUACGGCAGUACCCCCGCACCUCAUACCCCACAGCCAUUCCAUGACAUACAGCUCAGCUACCGCAAACAAUGCCCUCAACGAUAACGCAUCGAUCCUCACUUUAGCCAGUUCAUCCAAACGCCGCCGCAGAAACUCACUGGAUACCAAUGCAUCAGUGCGUGCUCUUGCACCGUCCUCCAUUUUCGGCGGAAGUCGCGAGAGCCUGCCAUUAAGUGUGCUGAGCGGCAAUGUCGUCGAGCCGUCCAACACAUCUGCCUUCAAUGCCCAGGGUGUUUUGAGCCGUCCUAGUAUCGUGGGACUUGCUAGUGCCGAGCGUAUCAGCGUCUACUCCUCUUCCGGGGUCACACCCAUAGGCAAUGCUACCGGAGAACGAGGAAGCUUUUACACAGCAAAGCAAAAUGCUACAACGGGCGAUGGAGCUAGCAUCCGGAGUGUUGCGCCGUCGCAUAGUCGCAAUGAUAGCACUGCUGCAAGCAUUACCGGUGUGGGUAGUCCACUUGCUAUGGCAUCUGGUCGCGUCAGCCGUAGAAGCUCUGGCUGGGGCGAAAUCACUGGUGACGAAGAAGACGAUGGAAAGACAGGGGAUCGGACUGAUGAGAAGCCGAUGAUGAAACCCGAGUUCAGUUUUCCAGAAAAGCCCGAAGACCAAACAUAA